AUGGAUAUCACAUCUGAGCACCACACAGCGCUUGUGGUAGCCCUUUCGGUGCUACUUUUGUCAUACAUUGUCUACUGUAGACACUUUCAUCCAUUGGCGUCUGUGCCUGGUCCAUUUCUCGCGAGCAUCACGACUGCGUGGCUCGCGCAUGCAUACUGGCGUCAAGAUUGGCACAAGUAUGCGAUACAGCUCCACAAGCAGUACGGUCCUGUCGUUAGGAUAGGACCCAACGCGGUAGACGUUGGUGAUCCUGAGGCUGUCAAGGUCAUAUAUGGAGCAGGAAGCAAGUUCUUCAAGGGACAGUGGUACGGUGAGUUCUGCUCACCUAGCGCGGGCCGGGCUCGAAGGACUCUGAUCACUAUCGCCGACAAAACGGAGCACAAGAAGCUGCGCCGCAUGAUCGACCCCUUGUAUACACUCAAGGCAGCGAGAGAGUCCGAGGCGCUCUUCAAUGAACCGAUUGAUUUCUUUGUGCAGCAGAUGAACGCUAAGAAGGGACAAGUCGUCGAUAUGGCAGACUGGGCUGUCGCUCUCGCGGUAGAUGCAUUUACGUCUAUGACGUACGGGAAGCCGUACGGUUGUCUGAACGAGGGCCAAGGGGAUGACAUGCUGGCUUUCGUCCACAACAACUGGAUGCCAUACACGUGGAUAAAUGCGCUCGCACCGUGGCUGAGCUCACUCGAAAAAAGAUUCCGGAAUUUGCAGGUGGCCGCGAAAGUCAUAGCAACAGGCAAACCACCGGUGCAGAUCUUCGGAUGGGUCGCUGAGCAGCUGAAGAAGGGGUAUGCUGCGUGCGACGAGUCUGGCAGACCACGACGAGUCCUGACAAUGCUGGAGCGAAGCAUUAGAGUCCAGCAGGACCACCCCGAAGAGUUCGGAAGAGAUUCUGUUGAGGCGCACAUGUUCGAGGUUGUUUUCGCGGGCUUUGAGACAUGUGGUGCGACAAUACCAAAGAUGCUGUAUCAUAUCUCGACCACUCCAGGAUGUCAGGAUCGGCUGAGGAGUGAGCUUGCCGCUGUAAAGCGACCGUCAGGUCUUGAUGGCUUGGCCACAUAUGACGAGCUGACUCAACUGCCCUACCUGAACGCAUGCAUCCACGAAAGCUAUCGCAUCAAUCCAAUCACAGGCCUUUCGCUAAGUAGGAAGGUGCCCGAAGGCGGUGUCACGAUGAACGGCUUUGACAUUCCUGCGGGUAUUGAAAUCGGGAUCACUCCACAGGUUCCAGUCUCGAAUGAACGAAUCAUGCCGCAGCCCGAGCUGUUCAGACCGGAGCGGUGGCUUGAGGCAACGAAAGAAGAACGAGCUUUGAUGGAACGAAUCGAUCUCAUGUUCGGUGGAGGACAAAGUCGAUGUCCGGGGAAUGUAUUUGCUGCAGCUCUUUUGCACAAGGUCGUCGCCGUAGUAUACUCUAACUUCAGGGUCGAGUUCAUCGGGCCACCUAGUGACAUCCGUGAAACGAAUCGCUUUCCUGUUAAGUGGGAGAAUGUCAAAAUGAGGCUUACGUCCAUCUAG